AUGAAUACGUAUCUCUCCCGGGAGCAAAGUGACCUCAGUUUCGAGCAGACACAAUCAAUUGAACAUUCCCGUGCUGCCUCACCUACUCUCAGCGGUGAUGUCCCAGACCAAGACCAACAACUUUCACCACGUUCAAUGCCAACGAAGCCACCAUCGCUCUUCACUUCCUCACCGCCUUCCACGCCCUCCACGCCUUCCUCACCUCCCCCCUUCAACUACGCCGCCUACGAAUACGAAUACACCUAUCCCUUCUGUCCCUGCUGCCACCGGGACUUCCGAGACUCAUGUGACGAUCACCGAGAAAUCGCAAGACAGCAGGACCAAGUGAUCCGGCGGAGUUUUGGAAUAGAAGCAGAGAAGCUGGGGAUGGAUGAGGACUACGGAGCGGAUGGAGCGAAGCAGGAGAACAAGGUCAGUGAGCGUGCAGAGAGAUGGGAGAGGGAUACGACCGAUUUGGAGAAGGUCCUGAUGUGGCCGCAUGUUGUUUGA